AUGUUGCUAAGAUAUGGUUCAAGUUCAGUCAUUACAUGGCUUAAUAAUUUUUCUAGCUCCGCCACUGAUUAUAGAGAGUAUCAUUUAACAGGACCCACAAGUUUUAGAAAGACCACAAAUCAAGUGGUUCUCUCAAAAGUCCAUAAGUCAAGUUGUUUUGUCGUAAAUAUGUGGAUUAAGGAAAAAGAAUUGGAGGAAAAUUCUGAGUAUUACAUUGAGUUAUUGGCAAAAGAAAUUGGGAAACCAAAGCAAGAAAUUGCUAAAGACGUCCAGAGGACUAAAUAUUUCCAAGCACAUGUUGCCAUGGACUAUGGACUUGCUGACAAAAUAAUGAACUCAGGGGACUUUAGGUAA